UUGUGACCGACUAUGAUCUCCAGCGACGGAGUAGAUUACAACUCGGUUAAGAGGUCGAGGAGGGAUCGGAAGUCGGAAGCGCGACAUAAAAGCGCACGGGCCGCUUCUGAUCUUCUUGAUCGAAUCUCGACGGCGACGAUGGCGCCGUCGCACAGCGAGGGGCAAGACAGGCUGAGCGCUCUCCCCGACAAGGUGCUGCAGCGCGUCCUCUGCCACCUCCGGUCCGACGAGGCCGUGCGCACGAGCGCGCUCUCCCGCCGGUGGCGCGACGUCCACGAGGCCGUCCCCGUCAUCGACCUCGUCGACACCAAGACGGGCGACCGGGACUACGAGAGACUCAAGAUCUGCUUCGACCAAAAGGUGGCGUGCGCGAUCCUCAGCAAGGGAGCGGAGACGCCGAUCCGCGCCCUCCGUCUCAGCGGCGUCCUAAACCCCCCGCGCGACCAGCUCGACCAGUGGAUCGCCUCCGCCGUCACCUCCGGCGUGGAGGACCUCGACGUCAAGCUCAGGUACAAGAGUAGUUACUGGGAACCCCGCACGCAGCCGCUCUGCCCGUUACGCGAAUUCGAGCGAAGCGACAGUAAGGUGUACGCCAAGACCCAGCGUAUGAUCUUCCGCUGCCGCACGCCGCCGCCUGCGCCUGACGAGCUGGACACUCGACCUGCCGGGGAGCGUCGACAUGGCGUCGCUGGAGACGCUCUCCCUCGGGAGGAUCGUGGACGGAGGCGGGAUGCUGCAGCGGCUGCUCUCGAGCUGCCUGCGCCUUGCCAGCCUGACGCUGGAGGAGUGCCCGAACAUCAAGGAGAUCACGGUGGCCAGCCCUGACUUGCGCAGCUUCGCCAUG